AUGCCAGCAAUGCAUGCGCCCUUCAACCCCAUCGAGGUCCUGAUGGAGGACGCACUCUGCACGUACAUCGACCCGCUCGACGAGCUGAAGGCCUUCAACCGCCUUCUCUCGCCUGCUGUGGCUGUGCUGCUAAAUGAGGUCAACGAGCCCAUCGCGACCCACGAGCCUGGAUCCAAGUUGCAGCGGGGGUUGGUGCUGAAGCUGCCACCGCAGCUCGCGCCCGCCCGGUUAAUCGCCAAGCAGAAUAUUGCUAGCCCGUUGACGCCGGCGCGUCCGUCGCGCAAAAACAAGCCGCAGCGCUGCAGCAACUGCAAAGGAACGGGUCACAAGUCGCGCACGUGCAAAUGGGGAAAGCCCGCCAGCGCUUCUAUCGCUGCCACAGUGAACGUGGCAGCGGCACCGCCAGCAUUGUUGGAUAACAACGCUCUCGCGAUGAACACGGCUGCUGCGGCUGCCAGGUGA